AUGGUGACGGCGGAGCUCCAUUCUUGGCGGCUCUGCUCCCUGACCCGCCUCCACGAUAGGUUGAAUGCAUUUCGCCGUUGGAACCCUGCAAUGAGGACUGCCCGCGGUCAGAGCCCCUCUCUCUGCUCUGCUUGGCAUGGCUUUGGGGCUGUGAUGGUCACGCGGGCUCGCCAAACUCAUUUUCCUUACUUUUUUCUUUUCCGUUGUAGGGUAUGCAAACGAGUGCGGAAGGGCGAGAGUACUAUGAAGCUUCGUUUGGUAAUCGGCAAUCAACUGCAUCUUGAUCCGGUACAACUUGUCUACUGGGGAAGAGAUGAUAAUGGUCUAAAAAAAGUUUGCAUGGCCAGCCACAGAAUAGGAGAAAUUGGUUUGUCUGAGUCAGGACCUUCAAGUCACCACAUCCCGUAUGGAGUGCUUCAUGGAAUUAACACUCCCGUAUCAAGCUUAAUCAAUCAAGGAUCUGCUUUUGAUUUUGGGGAGCUGGAGGAAGCAAUUGUUCUGCAUGGAGUUAAGGGUAGAAAUGAUGAUGGCAAAGCAUCUUUAUUCACGGCCAGACCUGCAGCUACACUGGAAAUGUUCCCUUCAUGGCCAAUGAGAUUCCAGCAAACCCCAAGAGGUGGUUCAAAGUCAGGAGGGGAAAGCACUGAUUCAGGUCUUUCCAGCAAAACUGAGCCCCCCUUUGAGGCAGAAUCUCCCAUAAGUAAAAAGGCAUCUACUUCAGAUCACCAGGCUUUUGAUCAGCAGCAUCUGCAGCAUAGACAGCAACUUCAACAGGAUAUGGCAAGUGAUGCCCCAAGAACAGCCUCUUCACAGAAUCAAUCAGCAGCCAAAUCACCACAAGAAAAGAGAAAGGGAGCUGGUUCUACAUCAGAGAAAACACUUGAUGCAAAGACUCUAAGACGUUUAGCUCAAAACAGAGAGGCUGCAAGGAAAAGCCGUCUCAGGAAAAAGGCUUAUGUGCAGCAACUAGAAUCAAGUAGAUUAAAGCUUACCCAGAUAGAACAAGAACUCCAAAGAGCACGCUCUCAGGGCUUGUUCGUGGAUUGCGGUGGUGUUGGAAGCAAUGUAAGCUCUGCAGGAGCCGCAAUGUUUGACAUGGAAUAUGGAAGAUGGUUAGAAGAAGACCACAGGCUAAUGGGGGAGCUCCGGAACGGGUUGCAAGUACCCUUAUCAGAUACUGAUAUGAGAGUGAUGGUGGAUGGAUAUCUCUCUCACUAUGAUGACAUUUUCAGGCUCAAGGGUGUGGCCGCAAAAUCAGACGUGUUCCACCUCAUCAAUGGCAUGUGGACUUCCCAAGCUGAACGAUGCUUCCUCUGGAUUGGUGGUUUUAGACCCUCUGAUCUCAUCACGAUGCUGAUUCAACAGUUGGAGCCACUAGCUGAGCAACAGAUUAUGGGGAUGUAUGGCCUGAGACAUUCCUCACAGCAAGCAGAAGAAGCACUCUCUCAGGGCCUUGAACAGUUGCAGCAGUCUCUGGUGGACACCAUUGCGGGAGGCCCAGUUGUUGAUGGUGUGCAACAAAUGGUCGUUGCCAUGAGCAAGUUAGCCAACCUUGAAGGAUUUGUUCGUCAGGCUGAUAAUUUGAGGCAACAAACUCUUCAUCAGUUAUGUCGAUUACUCACAGUUCGUCAAGCAGCGCGAUGCUUCAUUGUCAUUGGAGAAUACUAUGGACGUCUUCGAGCCCUUAGUUCUCUUUGGGCAUCAAGACCACGAGAGACCUUGAUAGGCGAUGAUAACUCGUGCCAAACAACAACGGAAAUGCAAGUAGUCCAACAUUCCCAGAAUCAUUUCUCAAAUUUCUGA